AUGUCAAAUAAAAUUCAAACUUUUAACAAUGGAAUUCAACACCAAUAAGAAGAUGGAGGUGAGUACCUUAAGAUUGUCUCAGAAACAGAUAUUUUAGCUGGUUAAGAUAACUUUUCAAUGCUUUCUUAAAACUCUCAAAUUGAAGAAUACUGCUAGUAACAUCAAGAUUUAUAUGUAGCCUAUGAUAAGAAGUCCUCCUAGUUGUUAUGCAACAAGUGUAUCUACAAUGAAAUUGAUGAUCUUGAUAAGGCCUAGGAGCAACUGACUUUCACUUCGUAUGUAGCUUCAAACUUGAAAGAUCUAUUCGAUGAAAAGUUCUCGCUUUAUAAAGAUUCUCUUGGUAAGAUGGAGGAUGUUAAUCCCGAAAAGAUCUCUAAUAAUCUAAAGUCGACAGUUGAGCAAUUUUUCACUUAGGUUGGCAAUCAAAUUAAAACUGUUGAGAAUUAAAUGAUUAACAGAAUCAUGGAAAGUCGUAAUCUUAAGGAGCUUGAACACAUUCUUACUCAACAGAAGAGUGGGUUUGGUAUUGAAUUAGAUAAAAAAUUUGAGUAAGGCAAGACAGAGUUAGAAACCAAUGUUCAAAAGGGACUUUAUUCAGUAGUAGUUCAAUCAAAAGAUAACUAUGAAACUCUUAUCAAGUAAAUGGAAUGUGCCAGUUCAAAAAUGCAAAAUGCCAUGGAAGAAGGGCAAAAGAGGAUAGAAAAAAUAUUAAUUAUUAAGCCUGAUAGGUCUGAAUCUAUUGGCAAAAGAUUAAAUGAAAUAGUUGAUGGGUGCCUUGAGAUAGAUAUAAGAGGUGAUUCUACUUUAUUAAAAAGGCAAAGGCAAAAUGAAGACAUGGAUCGCCAAAGAGAACUCGAAAAUGCUAAAAAUGCAGCUUAAACUUAAAUGAGAAGAAUGUAAGAAGAAACACAGAAGAGAUAAUAAGAAGAGUUACUAAGAAAAUAAAAAGAGGAAUAAGAAAAGAGAGAAGCAGAGCAAAAAGAAAAAGAAGCAUAAGAAUAAAGAGUUAGAUAGUAGGUAGAAGCUUAAAGAUAAGCAGCUCUCGAAGCAUAAAGAUAAGCAGCAGUUGAAGCUUAGAGAUAGGCAGCAGUUGAAGCUUAGAGAUAAGCAGCAGUUGAAGCUUAGAGAUAAGCAGCAGUUGAAGCUUAGAGAUAAGCUGCAAUUGAAGCUGAAAGAGUCAGAAAAGAAUAAGAGGCUGAGAAACUAAGAUAAUAACAGUAGCAAGAAGAAUAAGAGAGGCAAAGAAAAUAGCAAGAAGAAGCAGAAAGAUUGAGAAGAGAAGAAGCUGAGAAAGUAAGAUUAGCUGAAUUGGAAAAAAUUAGAUUAGCCUAGGAAGAAGAGCAAAAGAAGUAAUAAGCACUUUUAGAAUAACAAAGAUUAGCCCAAGAGCAGUAAAGACUAGCAGAGUAGCAAAGACAAGUUGAGUAGCAAAGAUUAGCUGAGUAAUAAAGAUUAGCUGAACAGUAAAGAUUAGCUGAACAGUAAAGAUUGGCUGAGCAGUAAAGAUUAGCAGAAUAGCAAAGAAUAGCAGAAUAGCAAAGACAGGCUGAAUUAUAAUAGAAAUAACUUGAAGAGUAAAAGAAGUAGCAAGAGGAACUUGAAAGAUAAAACCAAGAGGCUCAAUUGAAAUAAUAAUAAUAGUUGCUUGAAUAGGAAAGACUGAGGUAAGAAUAAGAAAAGGCUUAGUAGGAAGCAAUGCUUUAAAUGCAAAGGUAAUAAGAAUAGCAAAGAUUACAAGAGGAACAGUAGAGAGCUUUGUAAGAAGAGUUAGCAAAGUAAUAGCAGCAAAGAGAACAAGAGUAGAUCUUAUAGUAAUAGCAAAUGAUGCUGUAAUAAUAGUAGUAAAUUGAAUAAGCAAAUGCUAACUAGAUAUUAUCCCCAGAAUAGUAAAACAUUUUCCCUGAGCAAUAGCAAACUGAAAUUUUUAUCCAGUAAUAGUAAUUCAAUCAAAUUUAGACAAUAAAUGAAGCAGAUCAGGAUGACAUGCACUCUCUUUAUUCUGAUGAAAUGAAUAAUAACUAGAUUAUUCCAGGACUAGAUAUUUUAUAGCCAGUUUAAUAGCAGUAAAGCUUCAUUCCUAAUUAAGAAUAGAUGUUCUGCUAGUAAUAGCAAUAACAAAUACAAUAGUUCGAUUAAUAACAAUAGCUAUUCAAUUAAUAGGCGACCAGCUAAAUGCUUUAGUUUAAUCAAUAGCAGACCUGUGAAAUAAUUUAGGAAAUCUCAAGCCCAAUCGCAGAUCAUUCCCCUAUUUCCCAAAAUACUCAAUAAGUUCAUAAUGUUGAAAUAAUCAGCAUUGAAGUCUAGUAGCAACAGUUCUAAUAGAUUUAGCAGUAAGAAAUUCAAAUUCAAUAGCAGUAGUAGAUUCAAAGAACACUCUAAUUUGACAACUCAGCCUAUUCAAGUUUCAUCAAGUUGAAAACUCACAAAAUUUGGAAACUAACUCCAGAAAUUACUCCCAAUCAAAUCCAAUUUAGAAAUGAAGAACUUUUGAAUUUCUCAAGCAAUCUCCUAUUUUUGUCUAAAAUCGUAAACCUUGCUAUAGACAAUAGAAUUUUCUUGAUCGGUGGAGCUGAUGAUGUUAACUGCCAAACAACUUUCAACUCAUGCAAAGAGCUAGUGUUUAAUCCUAUUCUGAGUAAGCACGAGUUUAUUGAUAAGAAAUCAAUGGCAUUGUCAAGAGCAGCAUUCGGAUGUGCUGUAUAUCCUAAUUAGUCUUAGAUUUUUGUUUGUGGAGGUUCAAUAAAUUCUAGUGAUGCAACUAAGUAAUGUGAGAGAUACAUAGUCAGAGAAGAUGCAUGGAAAAGACUUCCAGAUCUUAAUGAAGCUAAAUUUUCUUAGGGACUUUGCUUCUUCAACAAUGGUAGCACUUUAUAUUGCUUUGGAGGAUUGCUGAAAACAGGACCUAACCAAUUUUAACCUACUGAAAAAAUUGAGUCUUUAAGUAAAGGUCAGAACAAUUGGAAGGUACUAGAAAUUAAGCUUUAAAGCCAAAUAUUUGAUAUUGGUUCAUUCGAAUUGCCAGAAACUCAUGAAAUAGUAUUAUUUGGAGGAUUCAAUCAGGGGCCAGUCGACUAGGUAUUUUUCUUCAAAGUAAACUAGAACAACGUUGAAGGCGAGAUAACCAGAAGCGCUAUAAAGUUGCCACAUUCAGAUUUCUUCGUAGUGAAUGGCAUUCAGAUAAAGAUAGCAGGAGAAAUCAACGAGGGCAGAGAUGAAGCCAUUGUCACAGGGCAUAAUCAUGUCUUUGGAUUUGACAAGAUCUCGAGAUAGUUUAGAGCAAUCACUCAAUUCUGA